GACAAAUUACGCGCUCCUCCUCCUUUCCUCGUGGGCUCCCGUCGCAUGUUAGCAAACACAACAGUCAUGUCCGCCGUGGGUUUCUGUGGAGAGUGGGUUCUUCUCAGCUGCGACACCAAUCUGUUAGCUCUUCACACUAAAGAAGACAGGUUAGUGUCAUUGAAAGCUUCUCAACGAUCUUAAUUUAACGAGUUUUAUUCGAUUAGUCGGAUUUUAAUCGAUUAUUUUGUGUGUGUUCGCUGUAGCCUAUCUGCUACUAUAAACACACUAGUUUAGAUCAUAGGGUGAAUAUUUAAAGGAUAAUUUGAACAUUAAAAACAGCUCUUAUUUCUUUCCCAAUUACUUACUUUAUAAUCUAAUUUUAAUUUCAUUCGAUUCAACGUUUGCUUGAUAGUCCAGCCUUUAUUUUUAAAAUCCUAAGAUCCAGUUUUCACAUUAAAGCUUUUUAAUUAGGGGUGGGAGAAAAAAUCGAUUCACAUAAGUAUCGGGAUUUUUUUGUUUUACAAUUUUUAAAUCGAUUUUUUAAAUUUUAAUUGAAAAAAAUUGAUUCGCAUAAGUAUUGGGAUAUUUUUGUUUUAUAAUUUUUAAAUUGAUUUAUUUUAAUUAAUUUUUAAAAACUUUAAUCUUUUUUUAAAUUGAUUUGCAUAAGUAUUGGGAUUUUUUUGUUUUAUAAUUCUAAAAUUGAUUUUUUUCAAUUCAUUUUUUGAUUUUUAAUCUUUUUUAACUCAAUAUGCAUAAGUAUCAGGAUUUUCUGUUUUAUAAUUUUUUAAUGGAUUUUUUUCAUUCAAAAAAUGAUUUUUUUUUUCAAAUUUGGUUUAGCAUGCAGAGGACAAGAUAAACAAAAACUCUAUAAUCUAAAAAUUAACCCAAACCUAAAAUUCUUUGACAGGGUAAGAAAAGUGUCAUGCUAAUAAGUUAGUUUAAUAGUUUAAUAGAAUGCACAUGGUGAGUCCAUUAAAUAUGAGUGGAUAAAAUAACAGUGUCCUUGUGUAGCUGAAACUGCUUUCAUGAUUCCUCUUGCAGAGAGCCGAUUGUGUUCGACUGCAGCACUGCAGUGAAAAGGCCGAAGAAUACACAGGAGGACAACAGCAGGUAAGAAACAAUGGAGAAGACUGAAGCAGUGAGGUCUGAUUUAUUUGUUAAGAAACAGCCUCUGGAGUUUCUGAUGAGCAGCAAAGUUAGGCGACCCACUUAGAUAAAACCAACAUGAAAUUAUUUUACCCUGAAUUACUCCUGGUGUCAAAGCCAGUCGUCCCUAAAUGAGUGUUAAUGAGUUACAUCUACAGUAAAAGUCAGUUUGUGUAGCAUUCUUGGUGGUCAGUGUAUUUAUGUUUGUGUGAACUUCACUCCUCUGUCGUCAGUGAUGGUGGCGCCCCAGAAGAAACAGGAAGUGACACAGUCCUCGCCUUCACCGCGUCCCCGUCUGGAAAGCUGGUGGCGCUGACGGACGACAAUAAAAGACUGGUCCUGUUUCAGACGGAACCUUCAUGGAAAUGCGUCAGCAUCAGGUACGACGACCGUGACUUUGUCCUCCUGUGGCGGCAGCUCUGUGCUCUGUUUCCACUCUGAUGUCAGGUGUGUCGUACAGGUGGGUGGUGAGGAGGUGCACCGCCCUGCUCUUCAGUCAGACAGAGGAGGAGCUGCUGGCUGCCGACAAAUCAGGAGACGUUUACUCCUUUUCUGUGACGAAGACGCAUAAGGAGGGAGAGCUGAAGAUGGGUCACCUGUCCAUGCUGCUGGCUGUGGUGAGAAACAAUGAAUCAUCUCAGGCUUUUACUCCUGUGUCCAUUUUCUCACACAAGUCUCUGAUUGGUGAUUGCUUAUUCUUCUGACUCUCAGACUCUUUCCCCGGACAACAAGUUCAUCAUCACAGCCGACCGAGACGAGAAGAUCAGAGUGAGCCACCUCAGAGCGCCGUAUAACAUCCAGGCCUUCUGCCUCGGGCACCAACAGUGAGUAUCUGCAGAUUCUGUCCGUGAAAACUGAAGAGAGUCCAGUUUUUCUGGUCACAUCUUUAAUCCGGUGUUUUAACGCUGUUUGUGUCUUUAUGCACACUUGUUGUUUGCAGUUUGAUGCUGCAAGUCCAGACUGUGUUUAGGCUCCGCGUUAAAUCAUAGUAGAGCUAUUUUGACGUUUAACCUGAGUCUAAAAAGACCUCUCACAUUAUUAUGAACUGAAAUGGGGAUCAUAGUAGCUGCUCUGUGCUGAAAAUUUGCCAAUUAGAGUCAAAUCAGAAUCUGAGUUUACUGCUCGAUUUAGUUUCUAAACACACUUGGAUUUUGUCUGGCUGGUAGGAAAAAGUUCAGGUGAAGUUUGAGGAACAAAUCACCGGUUUGUGUUCACAACAACAACACAACAGCAGCAUUCACAGGGUUCUAGUGCUUUUGUGAAUUCUGCAUUUGAAGGCUGAGUGAAAACAACUUUAUUAACACAAUUUAAACUCUGUACUUAACAACAGUUUGACUGAGAUCUACACGUGUUUGCGUUGAUUUAUUCAUGUAUGUUUUCUGUUUUUCCUCAGGUUCGUCAGCUCUCUGCUGAUUCCUGCAGCUCAUCCACACUGGCUGCUGUCUGGAUCAGGGGUAUGAGUGUGUUUACUAAAGCUGCAUCAACACACCAACGCACAUGCAAACAAGGACUCAGUACCAUUCACGAGCUUUAUUAUUUCAGCUUUUAGUCUGGGCUGUGACGUUCAUCCUCACAUUUAGGGAGUUAGAUUAAUUGAGCUAAAGCUGCAGAGGGACGUUCCUGCUUUUCUUUGUUCAGUCUAAUCCAUAAAAGAAAAUCAAAGAGUCAGAAAGGUUUGCAGGUUUUCUCUUGAGCCUUUAAACCUCUUAAAGUCAUGAAUUUCUUUUCCGCUCAUGGGAGUAAAAAUCUUUUCCGGCUUUUCAUUUUUAUCUAUUUUUAUAUACAUUUUCUUUCUUCGUCUUCAUAAUCCCUUUACAUCAAAUGUGAAUUACAGGCAACAAUACUGAUAAUUAAAUGUGUUUUCACUGAUUACAGAGUUUCUCCUAUAAUGAAAUUUACCUGCUGCGCUUAUUAUGAAAGUCUAUUUGUUUGAAAACCAGACAAACUAAACACAUAAUAAACUUUGUAAGCUGUUAUUUUAGGAGAUAACUAUAGAAAUUAGAUUUAAGGCAGUUAAAAAUCAGUGUUUUUUUCAUUUGCAGGGUUAUAUAAAGUGUGUCUGUGUUUACAGGACGGGACGUUGAAGCUGUGGGAGUUUGAAUCCGGACGUAAACUGCAGAGUUAUGACCUCAAAGAUCUGGAAGAGACGCCUCCUUCUGAUGCUGACAAACAGAAUGUAAGAACAUGAACUAUAAUAUUGAUAUAAGUUCCUUAAGGAGGGUUUAAAAUGUUAAAUUCAGCCUGUUACUGUGUAUGUGGUGUCGGGUUAGCGUUCAGCCCAGAGCUCUGCUGUACAGCUGACAUUUCUUCAGCCUCUCUGUCUUGUUAGCAUGAAGCUCCUCUUUGUGUUUGUCCGCUGAGCUGAAGCUGAGAGAGUGAAAUGGGUCAUACACGCCUUUUGUACCUCAAAGCUUCUCUGUCUGUGGAUUUAUGUCCACACAGACAGCUACGACAUCAGACCGAGACUGUGAGAGUCAACUUUCUGAUGGGAAACUUAAACUAGAGUGAGGAAGCAAAGUUACAAAAAUAUGUCAGAUAAUCAUAAAUCAUGUUUUUUAAGGUCAGAGGGAGAGAAAAUAUUUAACAUCCUUGAUUUUGAAAUCAGCAAAAGACUCAUCCUCUUUAUCUGCUUUUUUAUUUCCCAGAAUCCCACUGUGUGUCGCAUCAUCAGCUCACCUGACGCUCGACACGUGGCCGUGCUGUGUGACAGGUGAGUGUCAGCGCCUGCGUCUGAAUCAGACCUUUGAGUCCACAGAUGACCACAUUAAAAACUACAUCUGGAUCCUUUAAUACUUUCUGUAACAAAGACUUGAAUUUCUUUGGACCCGACUCUGGAAAUCUUAAAACUUAAACUCUCUCCUGUCUCCUAAACGCUCCUCUUGACCCUGUAAAAACUCAUCCACAGUGUCUCUUUAUUUUUAAACUUAAUUUUUAUUACAUUUUUAACCACAACAAUACAGUGUUUACAUCUCAUCAUACUUAUUUUCCUUUUUCCAGCUGUAUGUGUAUUUUUACAAACAUCCACAGAUAAUGUAGGAAUAAAUCAAAGAGAAUAAUCAUCACAAAUAAACAAUGUCCACUCCAAAGUUCAGAUUUAUCAGCACAGAUUCUAGUCAGAGGCAGGAUGACAGUAUUUUGAUUUUGGAUAGAAGUACUUAGACCAUUAACAUCAACUGUCAUUGCAUCAAUAAAAGAGGCCCUUUAGUGAAAAUGUGAUCUGCUCCAUUUGAUAAAAAUCCCAGACUUUUUAAAUCCAGAUAUUGUCUGAGGAGGUUCUGAUGGUUCUAGACUUCAAGGCUGCAGUCACUAAUAUGUUUAAAAUGUAUUUUUCUGACCUCCUGUCCGAACCUUACGGCAUUACUCCCAGUAUUGCGAUCUGGAAUUCGUUUUUAAAACCUCCUUCAGGGUGUUGAAAACCUCCGUCCAAAACAAACUUAAUUUAGGGCGGAGCUAAGAUAUGUGGGUGUGAUUCACUGUCUGGGCUCCGCAGUUUCUCCAACAUGAACUUGGAUAUUGUGGACCCAUCCUGGACUCUAUCUCUGCUGUUCUGAAAUAGACAGUUAUUAUUUUCCAUUUGGAUUUGAGUUUGUAACCAGAUGUGUUUCAGUACAAACAUUGUGCCAACCUCCUGAGAAAUGUCAAUGUUGGCCUCCUCCAUCUUCCAACUCCCCUUUGUUUGUAAAGAUUAUUUAGAUCCACAGAUAAGAGUUUGUUGUCACAGCGACUCUUCAGAAAGUCUUGUCUCCCCCUCCAAACUCGUUCUCCUGACACACGUGUGAGCUCCGGACCCCCUCACAGGAAUCUGUUUUCAACUCUGACAUGUCAGCUGGCUUCAGCUAUUUUUACUCUAUAGUUUGAACUAUUUACAGACGUACAGUACGAGGGCACAAUGUGACUGUGAGGCUCCCCGCAGCGCCUGCUGUGGAUGUGGGUCAGAGGGUAAAGUGAAACGCUCUAACAGUAAAGGUCUGAUCAGUCUGGUGUCCCCCUGUUUGUCCACAGAGUGUCCACUAUCCAGUUCUUCACUCUGAGAAAAGAGGGAGAGGAGAAGAUCAUCCCGCUCAGCCGACUCUCUCUGCCACACUGUCCUGUAGAUAUGACCUUUGACCCAGAGGGGCGCCUCUGGGUGCUGAUGGAGUCCAAAGAUUGUCCGCUUCAGAUCUACACACAUAGAGACGACUCCUGGGAGGUAGGGUAUCAGAAGUUUAAGAGUUUGAGAGUUUCAUGAUUUAUGUUGAAGUUUACACACAGGAGAGGAUUCGUCUGACGGAUUUUAUUCUGAAAUCUUCACCGGAGAUAAAGUCACACUUAAGAUUAUUAAAAAUCUCCAAACAACAGUGAGGAUUCAAAUCUGUGAGAUAAUGAUGAAUAUCAACUCCCCCUUUAAACAGCAGAGGGCGCCAUCUCAGAACCAGAAUCAGAAAUACUUUAAUAAUCCCCAGGGGGUAAUUACUUUUCAUUACAGUAACUCCAGUGCAAAUAAAGUAGAAAGAGGAGAUAAAUAAUGGAUAAAAUAAGUAAAAAUAAAGAGAUAAUAUACAAGUAUGUACACUGUAUACAACACAAAAUAGUAAAAUAAAAAUCUGCCUCUGAAAUAGGAUGUUAUUUCAUCUCUUAUGUACAGUGACUCCACAAGAAGUUAGAAAACCCGACAAUAAAACAAAAAGACAAAUAAAAGAGUUAAAAAACAAAAAGGAUGACACAGAAAUUCACAUAAAGAUACGAAAACAAAAUGACAAAUGAGAAAAAAAAAACAAUUCAGACUACAAGGCAGCUCAUCCCAUCAGGUCACAUUGAAUAUUUGCUCCAAAUUCAAAUCUGGAUUAAGUAAAAAUAUCAAAAAUAAAAGAGUCAGAAGAAACAUCUUUUAAGACUGUGAACUCUUCUCUAAAGCUGGGAUAAAAACUGGGUCACUCAGGAUGUUAUUUCAUCUCUUAUGUUCGGUGACUCUACAAGAAAUAAGAAAACCCGACAAGACAACAAAAAUAAAAAUUUAAGAGUUAAAAAACAAAAAGGAUGAUGCAGAAAGUCACAAAACAAAUCUAAAAACAAAACAACAAAUGAGAAAAAAACAAUAUUGUAACUCAUCUCCUCAGGUCACAAACGUCUGCUCCAAGUUCAAACCUGAAUUAAAUAAAAAUAUCAAAAAUAAAAGAGUCAGAAUAUUCAGCUCUGAAAUUGUGACCUCUUUCUCUAAUUCUUGGAUAAAAACAGGAUCACUCCGAGCUGUGAAAUAACUAAUAACACACUUAACUGUAAAGGUUUAUCAUUAAUUCUCGUGUUUUUCACUGAAAAGUUUGUCGUUUACAUCGUUACUCCUCCUCUCUUCGUUCACCUCAUCCCCCCUUUGAAAACUUCCCUGUUCUUUCUCCUGGAUGUUCUUGUUCUGUUCAGCUCACUCUCCGUAGGUGUUCAGGACGUUCUCCGCUCGGGUUUAUGGACUCAAUUAUCUUCUCUCGACUUGUCCGCCUCUGACUUUCACACAUCAUUAUUUACAUUUAGUGUGUGGGAGGAUACGCAGCGUGAGAAGGAAACCGCUCGCCGAUGUUCAACCCGUCAGAUCUCCACACGUCCAAAUAAGGACAUGACUCACCUCUUCUGUAACACACACAGCUGCAGACUCACACUCUCGCUCGGGUGGCGCUUUAAUUGUUGCUGUGAUUCUCAUGAUCAAACAUGCAGUCAUGUUUUGCGCUCUCCUUUGUUUAUAUAUUAUUAUAUCUGUGUUAUUGUAAAUAAAGAGGAAACGGCACGCUCAUUUAUUCAUCGUUUAUCACGCCUGAGUGAGAUAAAGGUGGAAUUCAUUAAACUGCAGCUGCUGUAAAGAGAGAGGAUGGUGGUGUGUGAUAUUUCACAGUGAAGGAUGAAGCACCGAAAGGUCGAACCAGAGUGAAAUUAAAGGGAUAUUCUGGCGUAAAACUAAUUUAGGGUCAAACACACCAUAACACCGAGUUAGACCCCUCCUCCAGAGAUAAAUGUUGUCGACCGCUUGCUCCUCUAGUUAUACCAACUUUAGUAACGACCGCAGGAUAAACAUCUUUUUAACUUUGACUCAUUUCUUUAGCAAAGAGACUAAACACAACUCACCUACUCUCUUCCAGCAGCCGAUUGUUUGUAGCGAGACCUCAGGACAGUCCAUUACAGACUACAGCGGGGUGACACAGCUCAAGGAAGAACAUUUAUGGUAUAACUAGAGAAGUAAGCAGUCGGCAACAUUCAUCUCUCGAAAGGGGUGUCUAACUCGGUGUCACAUGUGUUUGACCCUAAAUUAAUUUUACGGCGGAAUAUCCCUUUAAGGCCAAACUGGAGUGAAAUGAAUAGAUUUAAAAAUACAAGAAAGUGAGUAAAAGCAGGAAUUUUAAAGCUCCCUUAAGGAAUUUUUUGGUCUGUCUCAACUUUGGCGCCCCUUGUGGACAUACUCAUGAAGUGACUUUUGACCAAAAAUCUCAUCCUGUCGACUUUUGAUGCUCAAAAAUGUUAUUUACCGUGAAAAAUAUUUGGAGAAUUAUCAAAUCAGCUGUUUCUUCAGCUGCUCGGCCCACUCUUUCCGGCUCAAACUGGUUUCAGGCAUCAAAAACUACGAUUUGGAAAUCUUCAGUCUCAUCGCAGGUGAAGUGAUUUAAAAAAACUCCCUAGAGGAGCUUUAAAAAUAGACACACUUAAAGGUAAACAAAACUUGAACAGUAAAAACCAAGAUUUGAAGCUUUAACCUGUCCUCCGUCUUUUUCUUUUUCCACCUCAGCUGAAAUAAUAAUAAUAAAUUUUAUUUAUAACGUGUUUUUUACAGGUGCUCAGAGACGCUUUACAAGAAAAACAAUUUAAAAUACAGAGAAUUUGGAGUAAUAAGGCCAACAAUGUAAAAUGUUAAAAAAGACACAAUAUGAAAGACAAAAGAAGGACUGUUCAAGGGUUAAAAACCAACUUAAAAAGGUCGCCUCUUUCUUCACCUCGUCUGUCACGUCUGUUUUAACUUCAUUAUUCUUCUGUUUUCUUUGUCUUCAUCUCUGAAUGUGUGUUUCUGUUUUGUCUUCUGUAUUUAAAAGAGUUUGUCUCUAAAUGGCUCACUUAGUUUCCUCAGACCAACAUAUUUCUCCUGAUUAAGUAUUGAGGAUUCUUUGGGGAGUUGAAGAGGAUUUUACGGUGGAGUAAAAGUCAUUUAGUGAGUUCACGUCAUCCUCUUUUCUCUCCAGAUCUCUGCGGAGAGUCCGGAGCUGCACAGAGUGAAGGCCGCCCUGCAGCCUCACGGGGAGACUCUUCGGGGUGAGUCAUCCGUCACUCACACUCGUCCACACUUCCGCGGGACCUCUUGGCCUCCCGUCAGAGCAUCCUCGCCGUCCUCCCUCUCACAUCCUCGUCCCACUCGCCACCCCACAGACAGAAAUAACCCGCGGUGUCACACGAGCUCACGCUCCGCCUCCUCCGAAACAUCUUGUGUGACUAAAAUCUGGUUUACACGUCUGCGUCGACUCUGUGCCGUCCUCUCACCAGUUUUCCCCUCUUCUCUCUCUCUCUUACUCCAGACUCCAUGAAGUCCUGCAGCCGGUACGAGCACCUGUACAAGGUGAGCUUCGACAACGUGACCACGUACCUGCAGAAGAAGCAGCAGAGGCUGGAGGAGCAGCAGAUGAAGAGGAAGACGAGCCCGAGCACCAACAGCAAAGAGAGGAAGAAGAAGACGAAGAAAGAGACGACGGGAGCUGUGACGCAGUCGUCCUCCUGAAAAAAACGCUUAAAAAGAAAAGAUGUAGUUUCUUUAAUUUUUGAUAAGGUUUGAUGGAAAUUUGAAGCAGGACCUGAAGAGUUCUCGCUCUGUAAUCAUGAUUUUUUACGUUUGGUUCAAAUUUUUGGAAGAUUUUCUUUUAAUAAAUAAAUGUUCAGCUGUUAAACACGUCUGUCAUGAAGCUCCGUAUGCCAGUGUGAUCAUCUUCCUGCACAUUUUUGCUGCAUAUUUUUGUUUUUCUGCAAAAACUUAUGAGUCAGUCUGUGUUGAACAAAAGGAGUUUGAGCUGUGUUUCAUUUUCUAUAGCAGCAUGUACAUUUGUUUGGAAAUAAGGCAGAUAAAAUCAAAUUAAAUACAGUCUCAGCAGAUUUAUUUUCCCGUCAUUUUAAACAUGUCUGCAGGGUUAAGAUUUAAUAUUAAAUGGAGUAAAUCAGAGGAAGAGAUGGUGGGAAUAAAGACAGUUUUAUUUCAUAACACACUGA